AUGACCCCCGAAGAUCCUCUCGACCUACUGAGAUACAAAACAGAAGUGAAGCCGACUAAGCGAUGGAUGCCUCUCGUCAGCGCGUCGGACGAAAAGAAUGAUUUCUACGUGCAACAAAAUGAAUUGAUCGAUGGAUUUUUGCAGAGCAGCCAGGAGGAGCGGCUGGAGGCGGAAGAUCAUGCGGAGAACGGAGGGAAGGUCAAGUUAGCUGUACGAGCCAGCUUCGUCGUCAACUUCUGCUUGUUCGUGAUUCAACUGUAUGCCGCCAUAUCCACCGGCUCCUUGUCGCUUUUCGCGACCGCUGCGGACGCCUUCAUGGACCUCGUCUCCUCCGUCAUCAUGUUGAUCACCUCGCGCAUGUCCACGAAACCCAAGCCCUACCAGUAUCCGGUCGGACGCAGACGGGCAGAAACCAUGGGAGUCAUCAUGUUCUGUGCCUUAAUGACAACGGUGGCGAUCCAGCUGAUCAUUGAAUCCGCCAAGUCGCUCGCAGCCGGCGAGACGGAUUCCGAGAGCCUCGAUAUGAUCCCCCUGAUCUGUGUCGGCGUGGCUAUCUUCUCAAAGUUCUGUCUGUUUGUGUAUUGCUUCAGCUUACGGCGCUAUCCCGCAGCCCAUGUCUUUUUCAUCGAUCACCGCAAUGACCUGGCAGUGAACGGCUUCGGUCUCAUCAUGGCUAUCGUCGGAGAGCGAUUCGUGUGGUAUCUUGAUCCGAUCGGUGCGACAUGUAUUGCACUUCUCAUUCUGUACUCAUGGGUCUCCGAAGCCUUUGAGAAUAUGUGGUUGUUGAUUGGCAAAGGCGCCCCCCGGGCAUUCAUCAACAAGUGCGUCUACGUGACGCUGACUCACGACGCCAGAAUUCAGAAGGUUGACACGUGCCGAGCGUAUCAUGUGGGCCAACAAUUUUACGUCGAGGUGGAUAUCGUGAUGGACAAAGAAACCAGGCUGCAGGAAUCACACGACGUGAGCCAAGAGCUCCAGCGGAAACUGGAGGGGCUGACUGGCGUUGAACGUGCGUUUGUUCACGUUGACUAUGAAUAUCUACACGAUGUGCAUGAGGAGCAUAGACCUAUCUACGACACCUCCGGACCGAGUCCUUCCAUCAGGUCUAUAGUGAAGAAGUUCUUCACUUUGAAUAACAAGGCCCUGGAUGGGGACCAAAGGGUCUAA